AUGCCGCCCGUCUUACUUUCUCGAGCGUUGGAUCCCUUGCUCGGCGUGUUUACAGGGCUAACUGCCUACUACCUCUACGAGACGCAUCCACGUACUGCCCCGCCGCCUGGCGAACGGCUGCAAGAGCUGGCGAAGUGGAAGUGGUCUAGAUGGCAGCAAGAGAGAGAGGAAAGGCUACGCGCUAACGAACCAUGA